UCUUCCUCCCCCCGCCCCAUACUCAUCAAAUGCUCAUCCCCUUCCAUCCCUCCGAUUCCCAUAAUUCUGCCAAUCCAUCCCCAUUCUGAUUCCCCAAUCGUGCCAUGGCCCCCUCCAUACGCCUCCGCCGCAUCGGCGCCGUCGCCGCCGUCGCCGGAGGAGCGUACUUCACCCUCUUCGGCACUCCCUCAAUCGCCGCCACCGACCGGGGCCCCACCCUCGCCGCCGCCAGGCAGAGGAUUGCGGACCCUCUCGCAGCCGUUCCGCCGCGCGCCGCUCAGGAGUCUGCCCUCAUUGCGUCCACCGCGGCUAAUCCUCUCGACGUCCUCGUCAUCGGCGGCGGCGCCACCGGCUGCGGCGUCGCCCUCGACGCCGCCACGCGGGGGCUUCGUGUCGGGCUCGUUGAGCGCGACGACUUCUCCUCCGGGACCUCUUCGAGGUCCACCAAACUCAUCCAUGGAGGAGUUCGAUAUUUGGAGAAAGCGGUUUUCAACCUAGAUUAUGGGCAAUUGAAGCUCGUCUUCCACGCCCUUGAGGAGCGCAAGCAAGUAAUCGACAAUGCUCCCCAUCUCUGCCACGCAUUGCCGUGCAUGACUCCAUGUUUUAGCUGGUUCGAAGUCGUGUACUAUUGGAUGGGUUUGAAGAUGUACGAUCUUGUUGCUGGUGGGCACUUGCUCCACUUGUCGCGAUACUAUUCGACACAGGAGUCGGCUGAACUCUUCCCCACUUUGGCAAGAAAAGGAAAAGAUCGGAGCUUGAAAGGAACCGUUGUGUAUUAUGAUGGGCAGAUGAAUGACUCGCGGCUAAACAUUGCGUUGGCGUGUACUGCAGCUGUAUCAGGCGCCGCCACACUUAACCAUGCUGAAGUCAUCUCGUUUAUUCGGCAUGAGGAUACUGGAAGGAUAGUGGGUGCUCGGAUAAGAAAUAAUUUGACAGGGGAGGAGUUCGACACAUUUGCAAAAGUUGUAGUAAAUGCCGCUGGUCCCUUUUGUGAUUCAUUGAGGAAGAUGGCUGACAAAGAUGCAAAGCCGAUUAUCUGUCCGAGUAGUGGGGUCCAUGUUGUGCUUCCGGAUUACUAUUCCCCAGAAGGAAUGGGAUUAAUCGUUCCCAAAACUAAGGAUGGCCGUGUUGUGUUUAUGCUUCCUUGGCUAGGAAGAACUGUCGCUGGCACUACCGAUUCUAAUACAAGCAUUACAAUGCUUCCGGAACCCCAUGAGGAUGAGAUUGAAUUCAUAUUAGAUGCCAUUUCAGACUAUCUGAGUGUCAAAGUCCGGCGAGUAGAUGUUUUGUCGGCUUGGAGCGGCAUCCGGCCAUUGGCUAUGGAUCCGAAGGCUAAAAACACUGAGAGCAUUUCCAGGGAUCACGUUGUGGCCGAGGAUUUUCCAGGUCUGGUUACGAUUACUGGCGGAAAGUGGACUACUUAUAGAAGUAUGGCCGAAGAUGCAGUAAAUGCUGCAAUAAAGUCCGGAAACCUUAGCCCGCCGAAUAAAUGCAUUACACACCACCUACAACUUGUUGGCGCAGAUGGCUGGGAUCCUGCGUCAUUCACUGUUCUAUCCCAGCAAUACAUGCGCAUGAAAAGGACGUACAGUGGGAAGGUUGUUCCUGGUGUCAUGGACACGGCCGCUGCAAAGCAUUUAUCGCGUGCUUAUGGUACUUUGGCAGAACGAGUCGCCGCUAUUGCUCAGAACGAAAAUCUCGGAAAGCGACUAACGCACGGAUACCCAAUCCUAGAAGCCGAAGUUGCCUACUGUGCGCGGCACGAGUACUGCGAGUCAGCCGUGGAUUUCAUAGCCAGACGGUCCCGCCUCGCAUUUUUGGACACGGACGCCGCCCUGAGGGCCGUGCCACGUGUCAUUGAGAUACUGGCUGCCGAACACAAAUGGGACAAGUUGAGACAACAGCAGGAGCUGCAGAGGGCUCAAGAGUUUCUCGAAACCUUCAAGUCAUCGAAAAAUGCUCAGUUCCACGACGGGAAACACAGCUGACAGGUAAACUCGAAUUUUGAUGAGUACUAUUACCUACUUCUAAUACUCCUCCACUUUUUCGACUAAAAUGAAAAAAUUAUUUAUAGUUUAUUUAUCCUUGGAACGACAACGGCCGUGUCGAUCUUCGACCGUUGUUGUCUGAAGGCAUCCACCCCUCUCCCACCCUCCCUGGGAAAAUUAGUGAUGAUAAUAUAUAUUUUUUAUGACGCUCUGAGUAAACUCCCGGCUGGUUAAAAUAUAUAGCUUUGAUAGUAUAUUGCAUAGGUUUGUCAAUGUCAUUUUUGAACUUUGGGGGAGGGAUUUGAUGUAAUAAAAGGUUUACAUGCAUAUACA